AUCGAGGUGACGUUCGUCGAGCGCGACGGUGAGCGACGCGCGGUGCGCGGAUUGAUUGGCGAGAACCUGCUGGAGACGGCGCACCGGCACGACGUCGAGCUCGAGGGCGCGUGCGAGGGCUCGCUCGCGUGUUCCACGUGCCACGUCGUGUUCGAGGACGAAAAAGUGUUCGAGACGCUGCCGGAGGCGUGCGACGACGAGAACGACAUGUUAGAUUUGGCGUACGGGUUGACGGCGACGUCGAGGUUGGGGUGUCAGGUGACGCUGGAGCGCGGAGCGUUGGAGGGAUGCGUCGUGAUUUUACCGCGCGCGACGCGGAAUUUCGCGGUGGACGGGUUCGUGCCGAAACCGCACUGA